UUCCGGACUUCGUUACCCAGAAUCCCUGUCGGUGCUGCUGUUCGGCUCACGUGCGAUUUGUUGGGAAUUAAAUCUAUGGUAACGCACGAGCGCUUCGGUUCCGCUUUGUGCGGCUUCAGUUCCGGUCAUGAAACCAGCGCGGAACUUCCCCCGGUUCCGAUCCGGAGAGAGACCGAGACAGAACCGAGCUCCAUCCCGAGAACCUCGACCCAAAGAAGUUCCGGUUCUGGAGCUGGACAAACUGAGGGACAGGGAAGAUGAGGACGCUGGAGUUAUUCCUGUAGCUGGAAAUCCAUCAGUCAUGGUGUCAGGGAUGAGCUGGGGUUCAGCUUCCUCCUCACACACACUGCAGGAUUGGAAUGUUGGCACAGCAGUCACACAUGACGGACGAGUCUCAGCAUCAGCAUCUUCUCAGCCCAGCUACAGAGAGAUGACCUUCAGACCACCCAGUGUUUACAAAACCAAUACAGAACCACCUUAUCUGAACUCACACACUUUUCCGGAGCUCCUUUACAGACAUGCAGACGCCGGGCACGCCCGCCCCAGGAAACUGGAGGCUGAGGGAGUGACGAUGGAGAGGAGACGGCAGGCCGUGAUGGAGCAGGUGAUGGUGGACCAGCUCUCCAGAGCCGUCAUUAGCGACCCGGAGCAGAACCUUGCAAUCUCAACAAACAUCUCAGCUCGUCAUAAGAGGACUUUACACCACACCAUAUGUGGGCGUGAGGCAUGUCGAGAGCUGAUUGGCUUCUACUUCACAUGUGAUCAGACACUAACGGUGUACGAGUAUCGCAGUUUUGGGAAGAACAGGUGUAAUGCACUGCCCUUUAUUGCACGUGGUAUUUAUAGGACUCGAGGGAGACCAUACUGUCUCUUUGACAUCUCUCGGGGAGCGAAUCUGCGCUUCAGUACAGACGGCCCUCACGUCCCCGAGAACCUGAGACAGCGGCCACAUCUCACUGUCAGAGUAACUGAUGUGGACGAAGAGGCCAAGAGUACACUACUAGCCCAGUUUGGGGAGAGGGAACCUCAUCUCUCCGAGGAGGAAAUUUACCAUCGGAAAACUCUGAAGGUCAUUCAAGCGUCUGUUCGUGAGCGGUUAAAGCAUCGAGCGAUCCGAACUCUGAUUGGUUUGGGGAGGAGGAUACAGAGUCUAGACGUGCAGCAGAAUGGCAUUGUGGGUAAAGAGCAGCUCAGAGAGUGUCUAAUGGAGGAGCUGAGUCUCAGUCACCAGGAGGUGGAGGUCAUGUGGGGGAUGGCGGGGAUGCAGAAAGACGUGAUGGUGGACAUUGCAGAGACUCUGUGUGUCCUGACCGGAGACAUGAACGAGAGAAGAAAGGCCGUGUUUUUAAAGGUUUAUAUUAAACUCGACCCAAAUAAAUCCGGUUCCGUGUCUCAGACUGACAUCGAGAAGUUUUACUGCGUUAAUCAGCAGCAGCAGACUGAACAAGGAGCAGGAUUUGAUUUCCUGGAGUGUGUGUGUGACCCAGGAGCUAAACAUGUGUCUUACGCAGAGUUUCAGGACUAUUACGAAGGACUGAGCAUCGAAAUCCCCAAUGACCAGGUUUACAUCAACAUCCUGAGUAGCACCUGGAAUAUUUAAAUGUGUGUGUGUGUGUGUGUGUGUGUGUGUGUGUGUGUGUGUGUGUGUGUGUGUGUGUGUUAGUUGGGGUGGGGGUUGUUGCUGUUUUUAUUUUGUAUUGACUGUAGUCACAAAAAAAUUCUUAAAUCACAUUUCUGUGUUUUUUUAAUUCUGGUAUUUAAUCCACUGAGACGUUUGUGUUAAAAGUCCUUUGGGAUCAGAUGAAUCUUCUGUUGCUUGAUGUAGAAAAGUGAACACAAAUCUAUGCUUUGCUUUAUUUUUACAUAUCAGUUUAUAAAAUCUGGAUGUAACAGCA